UGGACUCUUCUUUCUUCUCGCCUCCUCCGCAGUGCACUUGCAGCUGAGCAGCACUUCGGACAGGACAGUCUCCUCUUCCACCUCCUCUUCUUCUUCUUCUUCUUCUUCUUUGGUGGUGCUGGAGCUGAGAGGUGCACCGACAGCUUCAUCUGACUCCAGUUCACGAGGUCCCGUAGCUACAGGCGCGUAAUGGUGCGGACUCAUUGAUAAAAACCCUCUGCUGUUGAAAAUAAAAUGAGCUCUCCUGCUGCGCGGCUCUCCUCCUCCUCCUCCUCCUCCUCCUCUUCGUCCUCAUAGCGCUGCGUUCUCUGCAAAGAUCUGCUCCUGUGUGACUCCAGCAGGCGACGCAGGAUGACUCCUACCUUAUCGCUGGUGAUUCUGUGCGCUCUGGUGGCGUUGGUGUUGGGGUCGAAGACUGAGCGGGCGGUGCCGCUCCCCUGUGACUCCGGCCAGUACACCACCGACGGAAAAUGCUGCGAGGAGUGCCCACCUGGAGAGGGAGUGGUGAAGAAAUGCGGGGCCAAGCAAACUGUCUGCUCCCAAUGUUUGGACAGUGAGACCUUCUCGGACAUCUACAGCCACAAAGACCAGUGCAGGCCGUGCACUGAGUGUACCGGCCUGAUGCGGAUGGAGACGCCCUGUACGGACUCCAACGACGCCGUCUGCAUCUGCGACUACAACUAUUUCUUUCACAAGGUGUCUGCAAAGUGCAUGCCCUGUACGGUGUGCCUAGUUGGCAUGGGCGUGUAUUCACACUGCGAAAACGAGCACGACACGGUUUGCGAGGAGUGUGUGGAGGAAACCUAUUCUGAGCGGGAAAGCUCCCUCGACCCCUGCCUGCCCUGCACCAUCUGUGAUGACGAGACUGAGAUACAGCUGGAGGAGUGCACACCAAACAGCGACUCUGUCUGCCAUAAUCCUCUGAUGCCAACAUAUGCUACUACUACCUCCGAUAUGGACCUGUCUCCACCCUCAUUCACAAAUGUCUUCCCACCCGGUGGCUCUGAGAGCCCGAUGCCAGGAGGAGAGUCGACCACGUCCAGCGCCGGCUCUCCUCGGUUCCUCGGCCACGGACUCAACGAAAACCUCAUUCCCAUCUACUGCUCCAUCCUGGCGGCCGUUGUGGUUGGCCUUGUUGCCUACAUUGUUUUUAAGAGGUGGAAUAGCUGCAAGCAGAACAAGCAGGCAGCUAAUAACCGCGCAGCUACCAACAACCAGAUGGUGACUCCGGAGGGAGAGAAGCUGCACAGCGACAGCGGCAUCUCAGUGGACAGCCAGAGUCUGCAGGAGCAGCAGCAGCAGCAGCUCCAGGCCCAGGCUGAGGUCCAGGCCCAGCCUUCACACUCAGGCACACAGGACCAAAUAGUUGUGAGGGUGGACGGCGGCCCGCAGCUUGACACACCUCCACCUGGAGUCUGAGGAAGGGGAGGCAGAGCCAGGGAGAAGAAAGUGGGGGACUUGAACUUUGGACCAAACAGAAAGCAGCAGGGGCCACAUGGGAAUAUAAAACUGGCUCUGAUUCAUAUGUGAAGUGGCCACAGAGUAAAGACUCGACUUGAAUGGAUCUCCUAGCACCUAUGGGCGACUGUCGGACUCUUCAUCCCUGCAUAUAGAGUCCAACUCUAUCAAUCAGUGUGUGCCUGGACACAACCUGCACGGCAAUAUCAACCACUAUCUGUAACAACGUCACUGCAGAUACAUAAUCAUAGAUACAUGCCAGUGCAUCUUUUAUUAUCUGACUAUUCCCGUAUCUAAUAUUGACAUAAUUCUCACUAACUGCCAAUUUAGUCUCCUCAGCCCCUUCUUAAGCUUGACAUUUUCCCCUAAUUCCACAAUCACUAGCCAUGAAACAUACUGUAUGUGCCUGAAAAGUAAAUAGGCUGAAAGGUUUACCAUUAUCUCCUCUUUCUUUUUUCUUGUGCAUCAAAGAGGCCUUCUUCCUCAGUGAUUGGCCUUUUUCCCUCUCACAUCUUCCUCUGUGGCGUCCCAGUCUCAGAUAAUCCAGUCUCUCAAUAGGAUUCACUCUAUUAAACACCCGCCAUCAUCUGCGAUACACGAAGCAGCAGGGGGAAGGAAACGGGGGAUGUGAGUCACUCAAUACUUCUUUUGAAGUUCCUUGUUCGUGUGUCAUUUAACCACAGACAUUUUUCAUGGCAUGUUGUCUUAGAAUUACAUCAUUGUUUGAGACCAACUGAUGUAGGUGAAUCAUAUUUGGGAAGAAAGGUCAUCUCCUCAGUAAUCAACAAUUUUUGUUCCUGUCCUUGAAAUAGACCAAUUCAGUGACACAGGGAUUGUGUUUCAUUCAUUUCAUGCUCAUAAUGUAACACAACCGAUGUUUGUGGUAUAUUUCUUUGAUUCUGUGGCUUGAGUUACACGGCUGAUUCAGCAGGGUGCCUACGUGCUCCUCCAUGGAGCCUGACAACUUUAAAGAAACAUCUCCUCACUGCGAUGAUGUCUGCUGUCAUCACUGACCCAGAGUAAAGAGCGAAUUAUUAAACAGAUGCUUAAAUGAAUUUGGGACUUGAAUGUGCAAGAAGGAAUCCCAUCUGUCAUUCUUCACGACUACUGAGUAAAAUUGGGACACCCCUCAGAGGCAAACUCAGUUCACUAUCCUCUUAGCUCACUUAAACCACUGACGUCCAAACACUCACUUUUACAGUCUUGUGUACAGCUGUCUGCGUGAUAGAGCCUGAUAAACAGUGUUGGGUGCUAAUGCAUCUGCAGCGAUCGUGCUCACAUCAACACAGGGCCUAUUAGAGAGACGUCCUGACAGGCAGGUAGUAAUUACCUCAGGGUUUCAGCUUCAUUUACCCUCGGCUUGGCUCGGCCACUUCCCAUUGGGAUUAACGCAGGGGACAGCAGAGGGGCGACACGGCCCUCUUUGAAGCUUCAACAUGACAUUACAGAUCCCUUAUCCAAGUCCGAGGCCGCUGACAUUUACUUUAUCACCAUGGGGAUAUAAAAGCACUUAGCUGCGUGGCAGGGUGGCACCUUUUAUCACACAGGAACACUUUUAUCCUGCCUUCCUCUUGCUGCUUGCGGUAACUGUGAAAGCAGUCACCGUAGAUAUAAUGUAAAGGAAGUAUACUGUAGCUCAGUUUGACUGCUUUCAUUCCUACAGGGGAAAAUACUUUCUCAGGGUCCCUCCUGUUGUGGUGUGACUAAAUAUGAUCAAAAGAUCUCUAGAUAAUUCCUAUACCUAACGUGUAGAUGUAAAGCAGCUGUUGUGUUCAAAAACAUGGAGUACGACACGGGGUGAUACAGUAUACUAAUGAUUAAAAUGAUUAAAACACGGAUACAUUUAAAGAAGGUAGUUUAUUCCCUGUCUUUCUCAAAUUCGGACAAGACACAUACCUGAAAGGUAUUAAUCUCCUCAUGAAAACUCAUGAAACUCUAAAUACGAGACUACGUGUAAGAUCUAUUUCUUUAAAGGAGAAAUAAGAUGUGUUUACUCGUCAGCAAAGCAUGUAGAGUUUAGUGAGCAAUAGAUAUUAAAGAAAUGUGAGGAACACAGAGAAAGUGAGUCAUUACAUCCGGUAUGGCGCUCCAUGGAUCAGUCACAUGGUCAAGGUCAUCUUAAUUGAACUUUAUGAUCUCUUCACUUGUGAUUCAUCUUGUACCACUGGAGCAUUCUGAACGGAGACACAUAAGACUGUUCUGCUCACAGCUCCUGAGUUUACGUGGGCACGCGUUGUGGAUGUGUGACCACACACUUCCACAGCGACAGUGUAUGAUUCACUCCUCUACUGAGUGAGUCGGCGUGAUUCAUCCCGGUCCUCCCUGUGGCAGUGACAUUAAAGCAGACGCUGUUACAGUACGUGUUGAUUCAAAAAAAGAGACUCCUCGACUCCGUCUCCCCCUGAGACACAAUCGACCCUCGAGCAGCGCACUCAUCCACCCUGAACCAACAUAUUCUCUUUCUCCUGCAGCUUGUGAAGUGACACACACAAUGUAAGAAUGUAAACCCUGAAUAUAAACAGAAAUAUGCAAGACACAUUCAAAAAUAAGGUUUAAGUUUGCCCUUGAUCUGUAGUUGUACAUUUGUUUUCCGUUUUAUUUUUUAUUAUAAAUAGUAUUACACUUUUUGGAGUCAGUAUUUGUUUAACAGUUAUUUUGUAGCACUUAUUAGAUGUAACAUGAAUGCAUUCAAAGAGUGUACCACAGUUCAAGUGCCUGUGUACAGUGUCAGGUGUCUUUAAGUUUGGAAGUUUUAUUUGCAUUUAUUUUUUUGUGUAUUUCUUCGAUAUUUUUAGAGCUUAUGGCGGUUUUUAGUCAAAAGAAAAUCAGUUGAACUUUGGAGACUCAAGCAAACUGUAUAAACCUGGCACCAAUAGAGAGAGACUUACAGUACACUAUAGGUUGCCAAUGAAGACAUACUGUAUUUUAACAUGCUACACUGUAGAUACUGGCAACUAAUAGGGUCAUGUAGCAUUACAAAAACCUAUACAUGUCACCUGAGACUUGCUCUAAAACUCACGUAUGCUAUUAGUCAAUAGAAAUCAGCUCUACUGUGCAAGGUUUUUGCAUGUACAGUAAGUUUCAUCACGUACCUCCAUUUCAGAGGGAGAGACAUGUAAUGUGCCGUAACAUGAACCCUGUGGAGAGGUUCACUGUGACUAUGUGAUAUUGUUACAAACUUUAUACAGAUAGAUCAGGACCUGCUCCCAAAAAAGCUGAAUGUCACAUGUACUUACCUACUAAUGUAAAAUGCAUUGUGUAAAUGUGAAUUUUUAGAGUUGAUACAAGAUACAAAAAUACACUAUAAAAUGUAAAAAACUGAAAAUGUGUGCAAAUGAAGUGACCAUCUAUAAUACAUUAAACAGAGAUGUCAUUGCAUAA